UGAGGCUGUGUGCAUCCCACAAGUGUUGCUCGGGCAACUGUUUUCGUCCUGUGAUGCCAGCUGAUCAGACGGCGCAGCAUGACGGCAAGAGGGCUGACGCGUCCAUCUCGGACGAGAAGAGGACCCAGACCUUCGCGUGCGACGCCCUCUACGCCGGCUGCUUCCUUUGUCUCCUCGUGACUAGCUCUAUUUUUCUUCUUUUCCUGGUGCCAGAUCUCAUCUCUGCUUUGCCCUUGCCUGUCCCUUUUCUGCUGUCCUGUGCUGUCCGCCUGCUGCUUGUCGCCUCUUUCCUGGGCACCUGUCUAGCCUAUGCGCCCGGCAUCCUGUUCAACACGCGUCGGCCACCCGAAUGGUCAUCUGUCGCGCCUCACCUGCCUGACCACGUCAGCACUCUCUGCUGCCUGUCGACCGUGUGCAGCGAGCCACUGCAACUGAUGGUGCGCAACUUUCUCGGCAGGGUGUGCUGCAUCCCAUGGGAGGGGCUGGGUGCUGGUCAUCGCGCAAUCAGCUAUGUGGACGUGUGUGUUGACGAGGGACAUAGCGAGGCCACUGAGAGGCUGUGGAACGCAUUCCUAGACCUGAUCGAGUUGUGUGCUGCUUCACCGUCGGGCGGCGUGAUGGACACCUUCCUGCAGGUGAGAAACGCACAAGCCACGCGACAUAACAUAAGUGGUUCGUGUCUGCAGGUCUGGAGCGACAAGUGGACUGCAUCGUCUGAUCCAUCAGUACUGCGUGAGCUUACCCCCCUUCUGCUCACGGCCCGUCAGCGAGCGUCCCUCGCCUCGCUCGAGGCCGCCCUACAGUCACCGCCGACCUCCAUCCAGCCCACCCGAUGCGUCCUCACCAACAGAGUGAGGCAGCGGGCCAUCACGCUGCAUGAUGGCCAACAAGUGACCUUCGUCUACAUGGCCCGCGCCAACACCAUGCUCGCCAGAAAGAUGUCCGUGUCCUUUCCUGCUGCCCGGGGUGAGGGUGACGCUUUCGUGACUGAGGCCAAGGGCGCCCCCACCGCCCCCUGUGAGGGCGGAGGGUAUCCGAGCCGGAGGGUGGCCGCUGGCGAGUGGGCUUACGUGCAGAUGGAUGGCGGCGAAGGUGAAGUUGACUGGAUGGAGGCCCGGAAGAGGUAUGCUCGUGUGGUGGCGGUGAGAGAAGGGGAGGUCACGCUGGACGCCAGCACGGCUUCAGAGGUACGCAAUCAAGCACAUUCAGCCGAUUCAGUGUUUCCACUCUCUUGGCGUUCCUUCAGGCACUCUGUUCCCUCGGUCUCCCUCUGGACCCUCUCACAAGCACCUACACCGCCCCCCUCGCCCACACGCACCCCCUGCACCCCUACCGCGGCAAAGCUGGCGCCCUCAACUUUGCCCUCGACGUCCUGAGGCGCAUGGGUCACUUGUCACAGCAGCCGUCACUCGCCAUCAGAGGAUGGGACGACGGCGCGACCUGCGACAAAGACAACAGGGAGAGGGGCGGCAUUGAGUUGCUGUCGAUUCUGGACUGUCGGCACAUGGCUUCUCGGGAGUUCUGGCGGCGCACGCUGAGGUGGUUCUUUGAUGGCCAACCGGGGGCGAGAGACGGGGCCGAGGGCAUCACUCUCAAUGAGAGGGUGGCAUACGUGCAGCUGCCGCAACACUUCGCCGACCUGCAGGUGAGAGAGCAGCACAACGGCCGACAUGCAGCUAUGCAUUCACUUGAUACGUCUUUUUGUGUCUACCUGUGUUGUGUGGUGACUGACGCAGGGAGUGGAGAAGCUGGACAUGGAGAAUGACCACAUCUUCCGCAUGAUCAAUGCGCUCAGGGGCGGGUGCGGCGGUCUCACCUCGUGCGGCACCAACUCCGUCUGGCGAGUACCAAAACGGUUCGAAGGACGCGCUAUCGUUGAGGCGAGUGAACAAUCUCCCACGCAUCCAUCACACAUUCAACUGCUGCAUCUGUCUGCUCUCUUCUGUCAGGACACCGCCACAUCGCAUGCCGUCCUCUGCAGCGACGCCAUGGUCAAUCAAGACGGCCCAUACGCAAACCCCACAUCCGCAGCAGACACCCUUCUCCGCCUCGUGUUCGGUCACGGCUCUGCCGGCUCCAUGUGGCACAGCGAGUACGUGCGCGAGAACCUCGUCACGGGGCUGGCCAAGGGUGGCGCCGACUAUCUCGCUGCCCUGCAUCGGUGGUCGGAAGGAGCUGUGCAGGUCCUCGCCAUUGCCAUGUGCCGGCGGCGGUCCCAUCUCGCGCGACCGCUGUGCGGCUUCGCCCUCAUCAUCGCAGCAACGAUCGCUCUUGUGUCCCUUGCCAUCACCGCCCCCACGGCAGGCGCCAUCCUCUCGGCUGCGGAAAUCGUCACGGCUCUCACGGCGUGCUAUCCUGGCAUCCCGGGUCGAAGUGCUGCGACUGUGGGGGAGCAGGAGACCAGCAGCCCAUCAUCAGCUCCGUCAACCGAGGCCACGACAGCCACCGCCUCACCCCCUCCCCCUCCAGCCACACCUUACGCAGCCGACGGCCCCUGGCAGACGUAUUUCUCCAUUCGUCAUCGGUCAUCGAGUGUCAGUACGAUGGACACCCAUGCCGAGCUGUCGCCAGAGUCGCCUGUGGACCCGGCUGUCGCGACGCCGCCACUGCUGUCGCUUGAGGCGUGGCGGGAGCAUCGUGACGGGGAGGGAGAGGGAGAGAAGGGCCGGAAGGAGCGGAGAGGGGGUGGGUGGACAGAUGUGGUCGCGAAGCUGCUGCAUUGCGGCAUCAUCAUGGACAACUUCACCUACAACUUAGCCGCCUUGCCGUCAUUUCUGUGGGUGGGCGUCUGCCCGCCUCUGCUCAUCAUCGCAGGUCAGCCCAGCCAGAGAGCCACACAUGGCGAAGGAGCACUUCUCCUCUCUCGUUGGUUGCAGGCAGUGCUGUGCCCACAUGGUGUGUGCUGAGGUAUCUCGCCCUGGUGCUGCUGUGCCGACUCCCACAGCUGCUCAUGUUCGAGCGCAUCAAGGUGGGUAGACCACACCUCACACCUCACACAUAUGCGUCAUCUGCCCCCCAUGUGUGUUGUCUUCCUGUCGUUGUGUGUGUUGCAGCACCGUUGUGGCGACUACCUAUCUGAGGCGGCUGUGUGGCGGUCGCAGCAAAUGUGCAUUGUGUCGGCGCCACUGCACCUAUCGGCCAUGGUCAAGGGGGUCAGGACGGCUAUGGGCACGCUCAUCCACGGCCGCGACACAUCCUACUGGACAUCAUUCGGCAGCAAGUGAGAUAUAUAGGGCCCGCAGCGACACUCUCACUCAGGUGGUGCCACCCAUGCAUCCCUCUCGUCUCCUGCCUGUGUCUUCAGAGAGACCACCUUCGUGUCCAGCAUCACUCUGGCCUGGCUGGCAAGCAUCUUCGUCGCCCACACAGCGUCCCUGAUGUGCCUCCCCCUCCUCCCCCUCUCCCUCCCCGUCACUGUCGGCGCCACGCUGUCCAUAUCGACGCUGCUGACGGUGGCCGGCCCCCUCUGCUCACUCAACCACUGCUACUGGGGCGUGGGCAUCAUCCGGCGAUGGGCGCAGACGGCCAUCGGUCGGCUGGUGCUUGAUGCUGCCUCCCUGGCUCUCUAUCUCUCACAGCCGUUUUCUGGUGCGCCGCGAUUCGCUGGGGGAUGAGCAGAGGCGGGUGAUUGGGGGUGGGGAAUUAAGUGUCUUGUCUUGCUUCUUGGCUGGUGCUAGCUGCGUGGGCGUCUUUUUCGCCGUUAUACACAUUCAUACGUCACCUGGCUACGUGUGUGCCAUGUCGCGAAUGUUCGUGUCAUGAUUGUGUGUGCAUGUGUGUGUUGAUGUGUGAGUGUGUGUGUGCGGAAUUCGUGAAGGGACGGAUGGGGUGUGGCGACAUCAUGCCAUCUCAUGUCAUGUCAUGUGAUGUGAUGUGGUGCCCAUCUCGUGUGGCCUACUGGCCCCUCUUCGGCAGCUAUAACACUGACCUCUCACUCACUCGCUCACUUAAUCGCUCUCACUGUCUUGUACAUACCUAUCUGUCAAUCUGCCUCUCACUGGCUCACCUUUUCUCUCUACACACAUACACACCAAGCGAGCAACUCUUUCCCUGUCUACGAGACGAUGAUCGAUGGUUGCACGGCUACACUCCCAAGGCCGCCCUCUGGCCAUAGGAGUCACACACACGAUCGCCCCACCUGGCUGCUUUCUCUGUACGCUUUCUCCGUAUGUAUGUUUGUUUGUCCCGAUCAAUCGCACACCCAUUCUGCCUCACUCAUCUCGAUCUCGCUCGCUCUUCCUCUCUGUCACAUCGGUGUGUGGAUGGCCCGAAAAGAAAGAACUCAUUUUUCUGUCGCCUUGUUUGGUGUGCGACCCCUUUCUCUCUGUCCACGGUGUGAGCGGCUGUAUCCACGGCGCUUCGAAGAUUUCUUAGCCAGGUACUUCUCCGUCACCUCAGUCGAACCGAGAACUGAAGCGUGACAGCGAAGUGGAUGGCUGGGGCGUUUUCGAAGUAUCGCAGAUACAGCGAGCCACGGGCUACCGCAGCCAUGACCAACCAAUUCUCGCUCGAAUGCCCUUGCCUUGCCCCGUCCCGUCCCCGCGUUUGUGUACAGAGAUAUGGCAACACGUGUACAGAUUUAGUAGACAUCUGUUAUGUUUGGCUCAACGCGACAACUGAUGAAGGUGCUUGAUGCGGGUCAUGUGUGGAUGCACCUGAGCACGCUCGUGUGCGUGCCUUUUCUCUGUAUCCGCGUGGAUGGAUGGGUGGGUGUUUAAGUCAGUAAGGUAAGCUGCUUUCUAUGCUUUCUGUGUAUGUUUGUAUGUGUUGGCCUUUAAGCUUGCUGCUGGUGUAUGUGGGUGGGAGGGAGGGGGAGGGUGCUUGUUUGUUCAGCUGACUGAUUGCUGCUGAUGGGAUGGAUGGAUCGACGCACCCCCGAUGCUCAUUUGCGUGCGACUGACAUACACUAUACACGUACAAGGGAGGGCGUACACUACUGUAGAGCCACCUGCGUGCCAAUGGCUUUCAUUCUCAAUUGGCACGGCACUCGUGCGUUGGCCAAGCUACUGGUGUCUGCAUGUAGUUCACGCGUGUGAGCUUCCAUGACCUUCGCGUACGCCUGUACCGACGGCCCCUCGCCGGUCGUCAGGUACAUCCGUCCACGGAGUUGGUCGGAGCAAACACGCAGACAUAUGCAGACACAGAUACAGACAGACUGAAACAUUCAACUUAUUGCAUGGGUCGGAUUGGUCUCGUACUUGUCGCGCUUCCCUUGAUGUGUUUCUUUCUUGAUAUGUGCUUGAUUGGGUGUUGUGGAGACCGGGUGGCGGUCAGUGCGUGGAAGAUGGUGCCUAUCGCAUGUACGAUGGGCAUCCUCUUCACGUGCCCACCAUCCCCGCAUCUCCGCAUGUCCAACAAAGCGUUCACCGAAGGGCCUGUAACUGCUGUGGGUCGUGGCAUAUUGCUGUUGUGUGUGCCUGGACGAAAGAUUGCUGCCGACAGAGAUUCGUUUGUUGAUGACGGACCUACCAUGAAUCGGUACAUAAGUCAAGCAAUGUUCAUGUGUG